AUGAGUAAUCCAUUUCUAUCUUCAUCAGGGACACCGUCAAGAUCAAAAACAAUAGUGAGACAAAAAUAUAUACCAGCAGAGCAAGAUUAUUAUGAUCCAACUGAAGAUGUUGAGGGCGACUUUUCAGAAUUUGAAGCUGUAUUAAGAGAGAUACACCAAGAUUGGCCAUUUAUGCUACAAGAAGACUUUGAUCCUGUUAGUUUUAGCUUAAAGCUAAUGGACGAUAGCUCUAUUGGGAAAAAGAAGGAUUAUAGAGAGUUUCAAAGAGUUUUAUUCAAUCUGGAUAAUGCUUUAAAGACUAUUGUUAAUGAUUACUACAAGGGCUUCAAUAGCUCUAUUGGAACGUUUGGAGGCGUAUUGCAGUAUAUCAAUGAUUCGACCAAUAGAGUUGUGCAAAUAAAGAGUAACCUUAAAAGAUGCAAAGAGGAGUUAUUACAGAAAAGAAAUGAUUUGUUAAACCUAUGGUAUAAGUCUCAACAAUAUAAGGAAAUGUUAAAUAUAUUAGAAAUCAUAGAAGACCUAAGGACUACGCCUGAAAAAAUAGACACAAUGAUUGAAAAUAAGCAUAUUUUGACUGCUUCUAAACUACUUGUUAGUUCAAUUAAGACAGUAUCCAGUAAAGAAAUGACACAGAUUGGUGCAUUGGAUGACAUUAGAAGGACCUUACAGAGUCAAAAGAACACGCUCCAUGAUCUACUAAUAGAAGAAUUACAUAUACAUCUAUACCUCAAAAGCUCUUAUUGCGAUAAUCGAUGGGCUGCAUACACGCCCAGGCAACAAGAUUUGCCUGAAAUAGCUAUUAAACCAAGGAUAUUUAAAGAACCAAAUACAAGUGAUGAAGAUGAUAUGUUCUCUACAGACAAUGAUAUCAUUACAGAAGAUCAAGACAAGAAUCCGGAAACAGACUCAUAUUAUUAUAUGGAAUUGAUUAUGGAAUCACUAUCUGUAUUAGGAGAAAUACUGCCCACUUUAGAGACUAUUCAAGAACGAUUACCAAUAGAGAUCCAUACGCUUGUUGACAAGACAAUUACAGAAGUUGAGCAACGGCACAUCAAUAAUUGGAUGUCACAGAGUAGAAAGAAUGACAAAAGCAGUGAUGAGAAUGAUAUUUACUGCCUAGACAAGGCCAAUUCUGAAGAAAAGAACGAGAUAUUAAAAGACCUCUUGUGGACGCUUUAUUCAAAGCUUGAAGCUGUUUUAAGAGGUCAUCAGUUUGUCGAGACGUGUGCCAGAAGAAUAAAGAAGCGAUUAAUCACAGCCAAGGCAAAUAAUUCAGAAGCCAUUAACAUAUACCACUUUAAUGAAAUCUGGAGACCUGUUCAAACCGAGAUACGAUCAAUAUUAAAAGACUAUUUGACUAGUCAGGAGCAAUCUAUUGUUUCUGUAGACGAACCAGGAACAAAGAAAGGAUUUCAAGAUAAACGUGAUAUGCAGAAGCAGCUAUUUUCAUUUUUGGAGACAACUGAGAAUCCACAAGUGGAGGAUGCAUAUGGCGAGUUAGAAAAUAGAUUGUUUAUCUCAUUCAAAAAGCAAAUUCCAGGAUUUUCAGGUGAUCAUCCUCACUCGACAAUCAUUGACAAGUAUGCAAAUGACAUAUCAUCAAAGGGCUACAAGGUGUUGGUUAAGCCUGAUGCAUACAAUGUCAGUGUCCUUUUGAGUCCUACGAUGGCCUUUUUGAAUAGAGUCAAGGAGAUUUUCCCUAGCUAUGACGAUCAUAGCGAGGAAGGAUUUGGUAGCUUUUUGGAUGAUUUUGCUGUGAAUGUAUUUUUACCACAGAUUGAGGAAAAAGUCAUGCAGCUUAUCCAGCAUGCUACAGUUGGAUUGGAUGCCUUUCAAGAUGUGCGUGACUAUAAAACCUAUUCAAAGUACCCUAUUGCAAAGAGUGCUGUUGCCUUGAUUUCAGUAGUACAAAGUUUAUGCAGGACUAUGCAUACGAUGCCCUUCCACACUGAUGAAUACGUUCGAUUAAUUGAAAUCGUUUUACUAAAGUUCUAUGAAAAGUGCUAUCAAAGAUUCUAUUCUACCGUUGCAAGAGGUAGUUCACAUACGAGUGAACAGCAACAACAAAAUGUGACAGAUGUUACAAUCAGUCUCAGUGGUGAUUGGGCUCAGGAUGAGAGUUUGAUCAGUCUGUUGACUCAAAACCCAUACUUUACGGAUGCCUCAGGAAUAAGUGAUAGCUUCCAUAAAUCGCUUCAUCAAUCAGAAAUACAACUUGAAUUGAAAUUAAAAAAUGAUAGACAGUUGGAUGCUAGUGAACUCAUAUUUGACACAAAGAAAUUCAUUUCUUUAGGAAGACUGUAUCAUACCUUGAAAUGGUUUGUCCGCGAAAUUUGGGAGUUGAGGUCAACUGGCAUAUCUACUUCUCAUUCAAACGUAGAUAAACGUGAAGAAAAGAAGAACUUGGCAAGAAAUGGUUUGAGGGACUCAAAGAGAUGGUCAAGUGAAGUCCCUAGACCUACAAGGGAACCCGGUGAACAAGAAGCUAAUCAAGCUCUAUUGCCUCUUCGAGGUGAUAUGGCAAAACGAUUUGACGCGUUAUUAACUACAUAUCAGCAACUGGCAGAGACAUGCUUAUUCACGCUGCGUCUCGAAGGACGUUGUCAUACCAUGUACUACCUGGAAAUGGUCAUUCGAAAUGGUAAUUAUUCUCUGGAAGACGAAUCGUUUGAACCAGAUCCAUAUAUAAUUACCUUAAAUGCUGACCUGAUGGAAUUGAAUGACUGUGUGAACGCAUCAUUGCCACCAAAGGACGAGCUGUUCGUCUUUGAUGGAUUACCAAACCUUAUCGUUCAUCUACUCAUCUCUGAAGCUACUUUUAUAAGAAAGUUAAACAAUAACGGUAUUCAAAAGAUGACUCGCAACAUACUUGCCUUACAACAAAAUCUGAGUAACUUUGUACCUCUUUCCCAAUGUGCAAUCAUGGAACAAGCUAGAGAAUACUACCAGUUGUAUAAUACUGGAAGCGAAGGAAUGAUCAAAUCUAUACGUGAAAAUGGUCCCAAAUUUACAUUUGAUGAGUAUCUUAUCAUGCUUAGAUUGAUUCAUGGUAUUAGCCCAAACCAAGAAGAGAAUGAAUCAGGUGAUAAAGCAGCCAAUAGUCUGAAUUAUAGUGAAUGGUUAAGAAAGUUAGAUGAAGCCAUGGCUGAUUAUGAAAAUUAG